AUGAAUAAGAAAGAUAUAUCAUCAUAUGAGUUUGGGGUUGUAUCAAUGAAUCAACCGAUGUCAACAAUCCUCAGCUUCACAUGUAUGAACUGCAAAGAGGAAAGCACAGCUAUAGAUAGAAAUCAGUUGCUCCAACAUUUCAGCUCAACCAGCCCCUUCUACAAAUGCAUAUUGAGUCAUGAAUAUACAGAACUUUUAAAGUCAAUAUGUGAAAGUAUCAACAUAGACUGGCUAAUUUUCCCACAAUACAGAUAUGCCAUUUCCCAACUUUUUUCAGGGGCUAUUUUAGUAGAACAGUCCUCUGCUAUUCUGCGAAACUGUGUUGAGCCUUACGGCCGUCUAAAGAGUACCGAUGCACAUCACGAACGAAGAAUUGCAACAGCAAUCCAUUUCUUUUCUUAUCCGGAAAAAGAAACGUUUCGCCCAUACAAUUUCUGGACAUUAUAUGAGUAUGACACUCCACAAAACACCAAUUCAGAAGCAAAACUGCUAUCCAACAUUUUCCAAAGUAUUGCAUACUCUGUAAUCAGAAACGGACCGUCUGCUCGUGUAAAUGUUAAUUGCUUUAAAAAUGUGAAAAAUCAGUUGAAGGGCAAUGUGAUAAAAAGCAUCCUUGCUCAAAUACUAGAGUUAGAAGAUGAGUUUAUUAUGAUAAUCAACAAUUUCGAACUCAGUAGUUUGCUCCAACCUUUAGCUGAUUCUAUGAGCACUUCAAUUAAGGUGCCAAUCUGA